AUGUCUGACCCAUUCGCCUCAGCUGGGCUUACGACCCUGGAUGAGCUCGUGAUGGCACUGCAAAUGGCUCUCGAUGCAAGCUCAGUCACCAGCCCCAGAAAAUCACAGAUUGCCAUCUUGGUGCUGACAGGAAUCACGGCCCUUGCCUCUCCCUUGCUCUUCUACAAACUCUGGCGUUCCAAAAAGCUGUGGUUCUUCCGUCUACAAAGGAGAUCCCAGGGCACUUACAUCGUGCCCCACCCCCUGACUGUAUUCGCUGCGAUCCUAUCCGUGACGGAAGUUCUCAUCUUCACUUGCAUCAUCAUCAAGUACAAGUACGAAGGCGCUUCGCUCACGCCCCAUGCUCUGCCCGUGUACAGCUCUGUAGCGCUGUCUACUUGGAUGGUACCUGAGGUCGCACCCAUGUUCGUCGUCAUGGGAACAAUAUGUGCUCUCCCUGAACCACAGAACUUGGGCUCUGCUUGGUACCACAAAGUACGGAAAUUUCUCGGCGGCCCACUGUUGAUCAAUUUGGUGACUGUCUUCGGUCCACUGAUUUGGAUCGGCGUCUCGACACCUUUUGCGGUCCUGGCCAAUGUGCAUUUCAACAAUGCCUAUGGUACUGCCCAAGCGCUGCAACGACAUUUGGAGCAGCAGCCCGUGGAGUCUCCGUCCCUGAACGCGUCAGACCUUCAGCAGGCCCUCUGGGGCUGGACAGAAUUCCUCAAGGGUUUCGGAUCUAUUCGCCUCGUCGCCAUCCUGUGGAACACCAGUACCAGCAUACUGAUCGUUUCCCUUCUCGCUGUAGGUUCGCGCAUCUGUCGCAUCCUCCACCGCCAGCUGCGAGAGUCUUCCAAGAGUCCUCACACCAAGUACACGCCCCGGCAGGCGGCCGCAAAGGUGCGCUAUCUCCGCGAGUCUAUCGUCGUCCUUGGCGGCUUCUACUUGGUGAUAGCUCUCACCGGCGUUAUUUUGGUGUUCAGCAUGAGCCUCACCGCUAAUGCGUUGUCCAAGGGCAUCGUGCAAGAAUCGUUGGAGGCAUUCAGGAUCUGUCAACUCUUCUUCAUGUGGACAGUAGCCAUCGAUGGCACUUUUGCCAUGGGCCUGUUUAGUGGCAGAGUGUUCGCUGCCGCGUCCAUUGACGCAAUCGAGAAGAAGCGCGCUAUUCAUUUUGGCAAGGGAGCAGCGAAUUCGGACAUCGAGGCCGCUAAUGCCGCCGCCGAUGACGAAGAGAAGCUUGCUUGGGCAAAGACAGGCCUCAAGCGGACGUCUGGGAUACUGAAUCCUGGAAAAGGCAGCCGUUCGAAAGCCUCGCCGCCGUGCGCCUCGAUGACUGGUUCGGGUGUCAAGGUGGAUAUAGAGGAGGAAAUGGUCAUGGACGUACCCGAUCUCGACGCGGUCAGUACCUGCAAGAGCAGUGGCUCCUCUAGUGCAAGCUCGACACCGGUGUCGCUCCUCACCAAGCUCCCCAACAUGUCACCUAGCAUCACCAGUCCUGCCCUGCCGUCCAUGCAAGAGGAAACACAAGAAUUGCCGCAGGCCAGCGCUAGAUUGUAG